GCAAAAGCGACAUCGGCAAGAGUGACUGAGAGACGAUAUCGUACGCAACUACACACGGGCCUCGGCAGCUCAUCGGAAAGGAGCACGAGCAGUCUUACAAAUGCUUAGAUGAAAACAAUUAUAACAGGGAAGCUUGUGCAGGCUAUUUUGAAAACUACAAAAUAUGCAAAGAAUUUUGGAGUAAUUUGAGAGUGGAGCGGAGGAGGCAGGGCAUUGAACCUAACUUACCACCCCCAGAGGAACGGGAAAGGAUCAAAAAGGAGUACUUGGAACAGAUAAAAGCCAAACGACAAGCUAAAUAGCAAAGCAUAUCUCAAGCACAAUGGGAGUAAGACGGAUUGCUUUGCUGUCUGCAUUUGUUUGCACUUUUAGCCAUGUUUAUGUGAAGUUAUACCCCUACUACCCAAGUGGACGAGUUGGAGUCAUUUUCUAUUCUUGCACAAAAGACAGCCAGAACAGAGAGGAAUUUAAGGCAACAGUUGAGGGCAUUGCACCUCUCGAGAUCAGCCCAUCUACCCCAGUGACAAUCAUUGUGCACGGAUAUACUGAGUCUUCUUUCAGGUCAUGGGUUAUUGACCUUACUAAUGCUCUCUUAACUUUCGAGCCAAGGGGUGUUGUGAUUCUAGUAGACUACUGGGAUUUGACAACUUUAUCCCGUCCGUACAUGGCAGAGAAUGUGAGACUUAUUGCAAAUCUGGUAGUAAAUGAGGACACCAGUGAAGAAAAUCCCAUGUCCAUGGUUGUGCUUCCCAUAUUGGGAAAGCCUCUGGACCUCUUACAGUCAGCUCUGUUCUUGUUAUAUAUAUCUCUUGAUUCUGUGAUUGAGGUCAAACACAAAAAGGUUGAUUUGGGGAUGUCCAUACUUUUGUGUAUUAAAGAUGGUAUCAGAGGAGCCAGAAUGCAAAGUUAUGGUUUUGACAUUUAUCAUGCACCUGUGUUUGUGAUUGAGAGGAUAGAAUUUUCCUUCACUGGGAUUUAUCUGUCAAAGAUUUGUUAUUUGUUGAUGACAAGGAACUUCCAGCAAUUGAAAAAGCUCUUUGUGGUGAUACUGGAAAAGAGAUAUACAGUCAUUGCUUUGGACUUUAAUGCAAUUUACGAGAAGCAUGGGGGCUUAACUGGAGUUGGUGAAACAGAUGCAGAGGCUUCCAUUCUCUUGAUGAUGCAUCACCUAGAGGUUGCAUUUGUAUCAUCUGCAACCAUUCUUGGCAUGCUGAAUACUAUUAAGGAUCAAAGCAGCCUGAAGAAGCACACAACCCGUACCUCAACUUUUCCUCAUUCUAACUUCCACAACCCCCAACCUCUCGGAAUCCCAUAUCUUCCUGAGACACAUAAAUAUCCUCCAUUUGAUCUAAUUUCCAGGUUAUCAGAGGUGCACCUAAUUGGUUUCAGCCUUGGAGGAAGAAUUUCUGGUAUUAUUGGAGGCCGAGUCAAAUCUGGAAAAAUUGGCAGGAUAACAGGAUUAGAUGCAUCAUAUCCUUGGGCCCAAUCACCAAGCAGUUCAGAGUUCCUUGAUGCUAGUGAUGCCAAACUAGUUGUUAACAUGAGAACGUCGCCUGUAGGAUCUCGAUCUCCUCCAGGUCAUAUUGACUUCUAUGCCCAUGACGGGCUCCUGCAACCUGGUUGUGACAAGUGGUACUUUCCCAAUGCAAUAAAGAAUACUUGCAGUCACUAUCGGUCGGUUUUCAUGCUGAUUGAAGCUGUUCAGAAUGCACACAGGAGGCUUUUUCCGUCCUGUUCCUGUGAAAGCUGGGAGAAAUUCCAAGCCAAAUUAUGUGACUGCCAAGUCAUUAAUCAUUUUGGUCUUUUUCCUGAUGAAAACUUACGUGGUACCUUCUACUUAACAACAAAUGCAGAGACUCCAUAUUCAAGACCACUUAAAUAGAGAUGCUUAUAAGGACAUUUUUGGGUUAGAUUGCUCUUUGUAAAGUGGAUUUUUUC